GCCGUUGGGCCCGCCGGGGGCCCCCCCGCGGGGCGGGGGCCCCCCGGGGCCCCCCGGGGGCCCCCCGGGGUGCGAAAAAGCGCAGGAAAACCCCUUGUGGCGCUCGCGAGAAAGCCAACCCUUCGCCCGGAAGCUGGGAGACGCGCUGCUGUUCUCAGGCUCCGCCAACGAGCAGCUGGGAGCCGCAGUGGCCGAGAGACUCUCCACGAGACUGGGCCGGGUCUCAGUCUCCCGCUUCGCCGACGGAGAAGUCAACAUCCAGUUCCUCGACUCGCUCCGCGGCAAAGACGUUUACCUCAUUCAGCCCACCAGCUCGCCAGUCAACGACCACCUCCUCGAACUUCUCCUCAUGGUCUCCACUUGCCGCCGCGCCUCCGCCAAAAAGAUCACCGCCGUCAUCCCCUACUUCGGCUACGCCCGCCAGGACCGCAAGAUGAACAGCAGAGUCCCCAUCUCCGCAGCGGACGUGGCUCGGAUGAUGGAGGCGAUGGGGGUGGACCGCGUGGUGGCCGUGGACCUGCACUGCGGGCAAAUCCAGGGCUUCUUCGGGCCCCGCGUUCCCGUAGAUAACGUCGAGGCCCAAAUUGUGGGGCUGGACUACUUCGAGUCCAAAGACCUCCACAAGCCCGUAGUCGUUUCCCCAGACGCGGGCGGCGUCUACAGGGCGCGGAAGUUCCAGGAGGGGAUGGUGGGUCGGGGUUACAAGGAGUGUUCAAUAGCGAUGUUGAUAAAGCGGCGGGUGCGGGCGAACGAAGUGGAAAGCAUGGACUUGGUGGGGAGCGUGGAGGGCCGCGACGCCAUCAUCGUCGACGACAUGAUCGACACGGCCGGGACGCUCGUGGAGGCCGCGCGCGAACUCAAAAGCAAAGGCGCUCGCCGGGUCUUCGCCUUCGCCACUCACGGGCUGUUUUCGGGGCCCGCGAUCGAUCGCAUUCAGAAGAGCGCUCUCGAGGAGGUUGUUAUCACUGACACCAUCAAGGUCGGGGGGGGUUUAGGGUUUAGGGUUUAG